AAGCUUCUUUCUACAAUUUGGUGAUGAUAGCAGUUCUGCAAGGGAUGAAAUAAUCCCAGAUGUAACAAGAGAAAAUGACAAUAUUUCAGAGGGGAGGAAAAGGCAAAAGUUGGGCGUUCGGAGGUUGAGCAGGAAAGUUAGUUGAGGGAACAAGUAGUGGUUUUCCAAGUGAAAAUGUGUUGGAUACUAUAGUGAAAGGCAGAAAAAGAGAUAUGGGUAGGACAAAGCUAGAGGGAUCUAAGUCCAAAGAACAGAGAGAGACAAGCAGCAGCAUUGGAUAAAAUUCACUAUCUUCACUUUGAAGACAGAGAAGUUCCAUUUAAUAAUGAAUCUGAGGAUAGAUCUGUUGGAAAGAGAGGACAUAGGAAGUGUUUGUGAUGAAACACAGAUGUUUGAUGUUAUUCUUGCCACACUGAAUGAUCCCACAAUUAAAUAGAGAGCGGUAGCAACAUCUUGAAAUGUUUGCUCUCGGGCUUCAGCCAAUGAUGCAUGUCAUAACUCUGCUAUAUUUUUCCCAUGCAUUGGUGCCAAUGUUGUACUUCUGUUCACAAAUGAUUCUACUAUUAUAAAGACUUUGAGUUAGUAAAGUCAACAUGCCUCCCCAAAUCGACAUCAAGGUCCCUCAAUGUUUUUAGUCUUUCGCUCUAGCUUGGUUUUAUUCAAACAGGCCUUUCCCAGGAAGUUUUUUUUUGCACUGAGGGAUAGAAAGAAUGUGGGUCUCCCUCUUUGGAUGACCAGCUGUUUUCAUAGUUAUUAAAACCUUAAAUGAAAUGAAAAAACAAAUGGUACACAGAUCAUGUUUCAGAUGAAUGAGUUGCUGAACUGAGCUAUACCAUUCUCACCCUGCAGCUCUUCUGUUUUUAUUCCGUUUUGAAAUAUCACUUUAUGCAUGGUCCCUAUUAACUCCUUAGGAGUGCAGUAGAAUUCACUGCUUCAUAUUUUAGCCUGUAAAUUACUGUGAACAAUAUCACUGCAUGAAACUUACACAGUUUAAUCAAAUAUUUUCUGCUUUUUUUCAGUAUACACGUCAUUUAAGAAAUGUAACUGCAUUUUUUGUUGCUUUCGGAGAAGAUGGCUGAAUAGCAUGUGGUGAGGUACAAUGGUGGUUAGAGGUCUGGAUUACAUAUCUGAAGAUACAACUCCAAAUCCCACCAUGACAGUUGGAGUAAAUUAAGUUCAGUUAACUAAAUCUUUAAUUAAGAAGUUUGUAUGAGUAAUGAUGACAAUGCAACACUGUUUCCCAUUGUAAAAAUCCCAAAUAAUUUGCACAUGUCCUUUAGGGAUCUUCAUUUGAUCUGACACAUUAAAUCGUAAAAUUCAAGGAUGGUCAUUAAAAUAGUAACAACCACACCUCAUGAAUAAAUUCCCUAUUAAAUGAUUCUUAGUGUUGGUACAUUAAUAUUAUUCAGUCAUUUCUGGAUUUCCUUUCUCAAGCUGUGUGGUAUAUCUUCUUCCAGAAUAUCUGCACAUUCUUGAAUCUUGGCCAAUUUUAUGCUUUUAAAAGUUAAUGACAGAACACCCUAUCACUGCACUCUAAUAAACUGCGUUUGGAGCCAUUUUACACGGAUACAUUAAAUUAACUCAUCCCUCGCACCUCUUAGUUCUGCACGUAUGCUUAACUCUACGUGGAAACAAUAGAAGCAGGGUGAGCUCUGCGACGUUUCAUUGGCUGUGCUCUCUGGAUACCGGAUAGGUGUGGAUUACUCAGGUACAGAUCUGACAACCAAUGAUUUUUGACAUUGUUGCUGUAUUGGUUCUGCAUUAAAUGAUUUACAUUUGGAUCAUCAGUCUCCUGCGCAUCCGUUUUUGGGCUCUGACAAUGACUAAUAAAGGAUGAGAGAAAAUAUUUCUGUAUCAGAGUGAACUCUGUGGGUGACAAGCAGUGGUGGGGAAAAUGCGUCAGGGGCUGGUAAUGUGAAUCACCUGUAAGAUCACGAAGACCGACUGUACAUGAUUUUUGUAAAGCACAGACCAAUCACUCAAUCUUCUUACUCUCAUAUGAUUUCCCUUUACACGCCAAGGAGGAAGGAUUUCCGUAGGACGUCCGGACUGGCAUAGAUUGGCCCAGGUCUUCGGACAACCGAAUUCUCGCUCCCAACCAGCCUGACAGCUUCACAAGAUUGUUCAGCAUCUUCUUCUAAGUGGUCGGACGUCGCGUUUAGGAGCGCCCGGCUGUGAUCAGCUCCAUUGUAGAUAGAAUCUGCAUGUUUCCUACAACAGGGGGUGUCAUGUCAUUAAAUAAAUGCAUUCCGCCAGUUAGCAAUUAGAUCUGUCCACUCUUGGUCAUUCUGAUGAGAUAGCCAAUUACUUAUAGAAGUGCUUUCCAGACUCCUAGUCCCUCCCAAUUGAAAUGUAAAGGCAACAAGCAGGAGCUGGACGGUAGAAUGGAAUAGAGCGAAGUGAAGUAAAUCCGAAGCAGGUUUGGUGAACGGGAACGUAAAACUAAAAACAAAGGGAGUAAAAGAGCGAAGGAAGGAGAGAAAGGGUUCGGCCUCUCCACCCUCCCCUUUGUGUUACGGACCUUAAUGUUCACACAACUGACAGUAUUUGUGAGUUCCCCAUCCUGACUGGGGUUGGGAAGGGAGGGGAAAUUGACGGAAAAUGCCAGUAAAACCAUUGGGAAUUUCUUGCCUAUUCAAACCACAAUAGUAUAGGCAGGAGAAAACUAAAGGGUUAAUUUCUUAAAGGUUGCUGUCCCGCCCACAAAUUAACAGGAAAUGAGUCCUUUGUCGGACGAGUUGCAUACUGCACAUGAAACCAGUCCGGACAAGGCACUGAAGAGUGGGUAAGGCAAUCUGGAACUUGCACUUUCAGAUCUACCACGAAAAUUCUUCACUUGCGGUUUUGCGAUCAGUCCACACCGUCGGCGGUUCGUUGUGGCAAAGGAGAAACGAUUGUUUUGCAGGUGGUUGUUGCAUUGUACGAUCAGAUCACACUCGGUGGCUCGUUACACCGAGGGAGGAACAAUUCUUUCGCAGUUGUGAUGAUCUCUUGUCGUCGUGAGCAUGGACUAAAGGACGGUUCUGUUCAACAGCGAGUGUCUAGGUGCCCUUUUUUUUGGAUCUCGUCCGACUGUCUAUUCUUUGUGUCACCCUCGACUCCGAGCAUUGAAAAUUCCUGCUGGCUGGAGACAUUCACAACACCACAAACAAGACUCUAAAGCAGGAAUCAAGAAUCUGACAAGUAAUUAGCAAACCUGGUGAAAAGCAGCUCACAACUUUACUGAUGCAUUCAACUGGAUGAAUUGGAUGCCAAGCAUUAUGCCCCAGUUAUGAUGAGUGCAAGUGGAUACUAAGUCUUGGGUCCCUGGUAACAAGAAGCAGUAGGUGAUAAAACAAAAAAUGCUGAAACAAGUUUCAGGUACCUCUACUUUCACCCCACCAGUCCCUUUCCGGAUCCUGAACAAGGGGCCAGAUUAUUUUCGAAAGCAGAUGGAGAGCAGCAUCCGGAAGCCAAGUGCUGUAGAACGGCUGGAGGCUGAUAAAUUAAAAUAUGUGAAGAGCCAACAGGUAGCAAGUACUCGACAGGAGCCAGUGAAAGCAAGUGAACCUGUCCUAUUACCAACCGUCCGAAGGACCCUCCAAAGUCCCAGGAAAACCUCCAUUGCUGGAACCAACAGAACAGAGAACUCUGAUUGGAGAGGAGCUUUGAACCUGGAGACUCUGAGAAAUCUAAUCCUUUUCUAUGAGACACCAAGUUCACCAACAAAACAGUCAAGCUCUGCUGAACAAGCAAAGAAUUCAAGCUCUGAAAACCUGCAGAGCCACAGUGACCAGAAGCCUGUGAACAGCCUUGGGUCAGAGCUACGUGGCAACAUUCUUGUGCCAGCUCACAACGCAGCAGUGAGGCGGGUGGAUGUGCGCCCAAGUGUGAGCAAGCGUGUCAGAAGUCCACCAUGCCCCUCCUUGCCCAAAUCAAGACUUCCAUCUUCCACCAGUUCCAGGGGUUCAUCAGGAAAAGUUCACCCUGAGCUGACCACCCGGCAACAACUCUCAUUGCACCGAUCCAAGUCUGAUCUGAGUGACCGCUACUCACGAGUCAGUGCCAACUUGGAGCGAUUCUUCAACUAUUGUGGCCUGGAUCCCGAGGAGCUGGAGAACAUGGGGAUGGAAUGCUUGGCCCGAGCCAGCUCUGACAUAGUGUCCCUUAAGCUCCACAGUGCUAGUAACCUCAGCUCAGAGUAUGGUCGUUCCCAGUACAGCAGUGCAAUUGAGGAGAAGUCAAAUGAGCGCAUCCCAUAUGGGAUCUCCAUCAUUGAGCGCAAUGCCAGAGUCAUUAAAUGGUUGUACAGCUGCAGGGAAGCAAAGGAAUCACAGAGAGUGUCACCUGUAUAAGGCAGGAGAUGCUGGGACAAUGGAGAAGAAGCAGGAACUGAGGUUCCAUGAUCUUGUCUUUGAUGUAGUAUUUGCGAUUUCAUUUGGACUGUGAAACUUGAGCUUUUUUUGUUCAUUACUGCCAUUGACUGCCUAUUUUUAAAGGGUUUUUGUCAACUUUUAAAGGGCUGUCCGUAUCUAAACUGUGAAAAUAAGACUGCACAAUUUCACUUAAUAUUUUCAGUCUGAUAUAAACUGAAUUAUGUGAUUUAUAACAAACAGAAGAUCUUCAUUGACUUACAUGAUCACUACAAAUGAUCUGAAAUGGGACGAAUCUGUACAAAUUUACUUCUAUAAGUUUUACUGCUUAACAGCAGUAAAUAAAAUAUAAAAAUAUACAGCAGGUCAUUGACAUUUCAGAGAAAAGACAAGAUAAACCAUGGGUACAAAUGUGUCAUCCAGAUGAAGAUUAUCCUAAAUAUGAAUAUCAUUCCUACUUUAGACAUUGAUCUGCUGUGUUUCAAACUUCAGAAAUUAAUGUUACCUUUUUUGUCCUAGUAGUAAAUAUGCUUUUUCUGGAGUUAAAGCUAUACUAACUCUUCCCUAUCACACUCUGUAUUUGUUUCUCACAAUUAUCUGGUCUUCUUAACACUGAACCUUUUGUGACUGUCACAUACUUUAAAAGAUUGCAAAUUGAUGUUUUGCUACUUAAGUUAAAGGUCAAUACCUGUAGGUGUGAGAAUACAAUCCUUGUGUUUUGCCUUUGUAGAGUAGACGUGAUAUUCAGUGUAAGGAAAUUAGGGCAUCUGAAUUAUAAUCAAUAUCAUACACUAUCUGUCUAGCUACAUUCAGCUUACAGUUUGAAUCAGCUUUGUACUGGUCAAUAAAGUAAUACCAAAAGUUUUGGAAUGACUGCUUUCAAAAAUAAAACAUGUAAUAUACAAAGUGGCCUGGAUUAAUAAUUUAAGGGCAAUGAGUUUAAAACUCCACCAUAGCAGUUUGAAAAUCUGAAUUCUUUUUAUAAAUAAAAAGCUGGAAAUGGGUAAUAAACUUGGAGCUAUUGAAUUGUCAUUGAAAAUCCAACCCCAUUCACUUAUACCCUUGAAAGGAUCUUGCUAUCUUUAUCAGGUUUGGCCAAUAUGUGAGACCAGUCCCACAC